AUAGGAUAGAAUAGAUAGACUAUUUCUUUUUCUUAAUAUCUCUCACCUUGAAAUUGCAGAAACGUCCAAGUUCCUCCCAUCACGAGCUUUCCUUGAAGGUGAGCAGUAAGCACCGGGAGAUAUUAUUUUCAUUUGCAACUGAAAUUACAGAAGCUCUUUCUUGAGGGGGCUAGAAAGGAACUAACCACAUGGACAUGGCUGCCAAGAUAGAGUUAGGAUCCCAAACUGUCCAAGAGCUGCUCGGAAAAGGCAAAGGGGAACAAGUGCCAGAUAAAUACAUCCAUAAAGUUACAGACGGUGGCAUUGGAAACCCAAGUGCUUCUUCUGCCGCGUUGAUGGAUAUUCCAGUCAUUGAUCUUGGCCUCCUCCUCACACCUUCCUCAAUCACUGCACAACAACUUGAUAAACUUCGAUCAGCUCUUACCACAUGGGGUUGCUUUCAGGUAAUAAAUCAUGGCAUGACACCUGAAUUCCUAGACGAGGUCCGCGAAAUGACCAAACAAUUUUUUGCACUUCCAGUGGAAGAGAAGCAGAAAUACUUGAGAAAAGUCAACGAUAUUCAAGGAUAUGGGAACGACAUGGUUUUUUCAGAACAACAAACACUUGAUUGGUCUGACCGGCUAUACCUUUCUGUAUAUCCAGAAGAGCACCGAAAGCUCAAAUUUUGGCCUCAAAAUCCCAAAUCUUUUAGUGAAACUUUAGACCAAUAUACGACGAAGUUACAAGUGGUAACAAAAACUGUCCUCGAGGCCAUGGCAAGGUCAUUGAAUUUGGAUGUUAAUUGCUUUCGGGACCUGUAUGGAGAACAAGGGAAAAUGGAUGCGAGGUUUAGCUUUUAUCCUCCUUGUUCAAGGCCUGAUGUUGUCCUGGGUGUGAAACCGCAUGCAGAUGGAACAAUAAUCACCCUUCUCUUGCAAGACAAACAAGUGGAAGGUCUUCAGUUUCUUAAAGACGAUCAGUGGUUUAGAGCUCCCAUUGUUCCUGAGGCGCUUCUCAUUAACGUCGGUGAUCAGGCAGAGAUAUUGAGCAAUGGAAUAUUCAAGAGCCCUGUACACAGGGUAGUGACAAAUCCAGACAAGGAGAGGAUCUCUUUGGCUGCCUUCUGCAUCCCAGAAUCAGAUAAAGAUAUUGAACCAUUUGAAAGCCUGGUCAAUGAGUCAAAGCCAAGAUUGUACAAAAAGGUAAAAAAUUAUGUUGGCAUCUAUUUCGAAUACUACCAGCAGGGGAGGAGACCAAUUGAAGCAGCAAAAAUUUAAACUUACCCUUAUAUUUCUCUCUGACCACAUAUAUAAAUGGGGGUGGAUGCAUGGCACUCUGUUUGUUACAUAAGUCUUGGCACAAGUUUUGCAGUAUUGGAUUAA